GUUUGGAUUUCUACAGCUGUCAUUCGGUUAAUGGCACGUGUGAUUUUGUUUACUUGCAAUUCGACAAAAAGUCUCGCUAAAAACCGAUCAAUCUGCAAAAUCUCUGCAUUCCAAGGAGUACAGAUACGUGCCCGUACGUAUAGCACUAUGGCCGAAGGAAAUACGACAACCGGCUCGUUAAAAACAAUACGGGAAGGCAGUGCAGAAAUACUGGUUGCUGACCACGUAUUCUACAACCCGGUGCAGGAAUUUAAUCGUGAUCUGAGCAUAUGCGUUCUGACCGCCUUCUCGAGAAUAUAUCAGCGGGAGAAAAUUGAACAAAACCAGCGAAAAAAUCCUUCAAACGAAGCGUGUAAUGAAACAACUACGCUGGAAGCCGGAGUUAAACAUGAGAAUGGAUUACGGAUCUUAGAAGCGCUGUCUGCGACCGGAUUGCGAAGCAUACGGUACGCGAAGGAAAUUCCCGGUGUGAAGGAAAUUAUUGCAAACGACCUAUCCAAAUCAGCGGUGGAAUCGAUCGAGCAGAAUGUGAAGCACAAUCAAAUAGAUCAUCUGAUCAAGCCGAGCUUUAACGACGCAAUGACGCUCAUGUACAUGUCGACAAAACCGGAGCAACACUUUACGGCGAUCGAUCUCGAUCCUUACGGCCAUCCGACACGUUUCCUCGACGGAGCCGUUCAAAGCAUUGAAGACGGUGGGUUACUCCUUAUCACUGCUACCGAUAUGGCUGUUUUGGCCGGUAAUUCACCGGAAUCGUGCUACGUCAAGUAUGGAUCAGUUCCGCUCAAAACAAAGUCCUGUCACGAGAUGGCUUUGCGCAUUCUGCUUCGAUGCAUCGAAACAACGGCCACCCGGUAUGGGCGGUACAUGAAGCCGCUGCUAAGCAUAUCGGCCGAUUUUUACAUACGCGUAUUUGUGCGCAUAUACACCGGGAAAUACGCGUGCAAGAAGAGUAGCAGCAAGCAAUCGAUGGUGUUUCAGUGUACUGGCUGUGAAGCGCUAACUCUCCAACCCUUGGGCGUACUGAAACCGAACCCCACCGAAGCAAACCCGCAGCAAAUUAAAUUUGGUAUCCCAACGGGACCGUUUGUAGGUGGCCGCUGUGAGCAUUGCAAUCAUCAGCAUCACAUGGGAGGUCCGAUAUGGUCCGCUCCGUUGCACGAUGAAGAUUUCCUAGACGAAUUGCUUGACACAGUAGAACAGGAGGACACGAAGCGAUUGACAACGAUCAGACGGAUCUACGGUACGUUGGCGGUCAUUCGAGAGGAACUGCACGAUAUUCCACUUUACUACGCGCUGGACCGUAUGUGUGGCAUACUGAAGCUGGAAUCGAUCGGAAUGCAAACCCUGCGGUCCGCACUGUUACACGCGGGCUAUCGAGUGUCCUAUUCCCAUGCCAGCCGCACCUCGAUCAAAACGGACGCUCCAAUCAGUGUGCUUUGGGAUAUUCUUCGUUGUUGGCAUAGGUUACAUCCGGUAAAGCCGGAGCGAUUCCUGGACGGUGUCCCACUGACGGCAAUUUUACGAAAGCAACCAACGCAGGAGUACAACAUCGAAGACAUACAUCCGGACGCGAAUCCACCGAGUCGCAAGGAAUCGCUUAGCCGUUUUCCGGAAAAUCCAACCGCCCACUGGGGUCCUGGAACGCGGGCAACACAAAUGGUCAGCGAUAAUAAAAUGCUCAAAAGUGCGCAGAACCAGAACAAACGGAAGCAAAAACGAGCACCAAAAAGUGAGACGAAGGUGCAGGAUAAUGAUGUCAAGGCCGGCAGUGAAUCGCCGGACAGGAAAGUACCGAAAACGAUUACUACGGACUGCUGAAAUAGGAAUAGCGGUUUGUAGUUACUAUGGGAAUGUCGACCCGAGCCCGGAAAUUGCAUGCGUCGGUAUGGUAAUGUUAUGUACCGCGUUGAGUCGCUGGAAAGGGAAGGAAAAUCGAUUAAACAUAACCUUCCCACAUGCCUGUACACAUAUUUCACGUUAGUUUUCUGCUGUUGUUAUCGUAGUAGGCGAUGUUUUAACUGAGCGAUGUGAAGUUUGCCCAGAAUGUAGAAGGCUUUGGGCGCCAGUAGCUUACCACGAGCGGAAAAGUGAAAUUCAAUUUUGGAAAAUAAUAAAUCUUGCGAGAGCUGUUUACAAUUUGAAACUGAA